AUGCAUUUACUCGUUUACUCCUAUGAGGAGCAGGAGGCUGCACUACGCUAUGAUACCAAGACACCUCGCUAUCUUCACAUUGCCAGCAACAAAACCAAUCGGUGGGGACAUCAGCGUUCUUACAGACUGCAGGUGUUCAGCUUUGUAGGAGACCACUUACCUGAGAGCGAAGCUGAGGAGAGAGCCAUGUCCUGGGCCAGGUAUAAAGUUGCCAUCACCAAGCACAAGGACUUGGAGCAAACCAGUAGUAGUCUUUACAAUCAAAAUGACAUUUGGGCUCCAGCUGUUGACUUCAGCAAGUACAUUGCAGACAACGAAAGUAUUGAAGAUGAAGACCUUGUUGCAUGGGUGACAACUGGUUUCCUUCAUAUCCCUCAUGCUGAGGACAUCCCUAACACUGUAACAGUUGGCAAUGGUGGUGGGGUCCUGUUGCGGCCACACAACUACUUUGAUGAGGACCCAUCCAUAAACUCUGCAGAUGCAGCAUACUUUGGCCCUGGCUCUGAGGACAGCUGUGAGAACAACAGGAUGGCUUGCCUUUCUCAGGAGACUUGUAGCCCCAACCUAGAGACCUUUACCUACCAUGGUUUUGAGGGAAUCAUGAAGUUUGAGGAUUGGAAGUGAUUUUUGUGUGCUGCUGUACGUAAUAGCUUAACAGCCUUGAUAACCUCAGAGAUGUCCUUGAGUUACAUGUUUAUAGAGGCAGAUUGGUUAUAGCAAAUAUAUCUAGUCUACACUUUAUUAACCUACCUACUCUACCAAGUGUUUUACAAUGUGUUUUAUAUUAACCUAUUAAUGAAAAUAUACACAUAUGUAGCAUUUUAUUAACUACAUUCACACACAAAA